AUGACGUCGCUGCCGGCAGAGAUCGAGCAGGCGGCGCGGGAGCCUCAGCGUUUGCCGACGCUGCGUGCGUCUGCACAGCGGUCAGGAGCAAGGCGGGAUGCGGCCGCAGCGCCGCCGCCAACUCCUGCGCCUGUGCCGCCCCGGCGAGGGCCCCAGCGUAACCCAGAGUUUUCCGAGACGUCGCGCCUGGUCGUGCUGCGCGACGACCAUGAGCCGGUGGCCGGCCCCAGCCGCCUCCCUGAGCAAGGGCAAGAGGCUCCGAAGCAGAUGCCGGUCCGCCGCGACUGGAGCAGUCUGCCGCUGAACGAUGCGCCUGGAUGGCCCGCGUCGACGCCGCCGAAGCCGUCGCGGCACGCUGCGUUUCACGAUAGUAUCCAGCGCGACUUUGAGGCACGCUCGCAGUUCUUUCAGAACCACGACCGGAGGCUUGCCUCGCCGCCACGGCUUGUUUCUUCCGAAAAUACGCCGCCAGCCUUUUUCUCCGAGGCGUUUCCCCACAUUAACGUGCAGGAUGCGCAAAGUGUGCACGAGACGGAGGACCCAGAGAUCGCUGCUCCCUGGCCCUUUGCCCAGCGCCCCCCUCCCCCCCCGUCGCGUUCGCCUGUAUUUGCUACUGAUGUGCAUGUGCGUGGCUGGCAGCGCAUUGGGUCGUAUGCCCGGGGCUAUGUCGUUUUUGAUGUAUACGUAAAGGCCAAAUCGCAGGGCCAUUCGCUCCCGUCGCACAAGCGGUACAAUUCGUUUGCCGCGCUUGCCGAGCGGCUGUGUACCGAGGUGCCCGAGCACGCCGAGCACCUGCCGCCGCUUCCUCCGCGGCACAAAGGCAUCCUGCACAAGUACCUGCCCUCGUUCCUCGAGCAGCGGCGGCGGGCGCUGCAGCACUGGCUCAGCGCGACGCUGCUCGACCCCCGGUGGGGCGGUACACGCGCCUAUCGUGAAUGGGUGCUCGAACGGUAG